CGAAACAUAGAUUUGCCGCCAUUUUUGACUUGGUUCUGGUGGUCCUUGUAAGGGGUUUUCGUUUCUGUAUCGUCGCAGUUUGAUUCGAAAUGCCACGUGAAAUUAUAACUUUACAAAUUGGACAAUGUGGAAAUCAAAUUGGAAUGGAGUUUUGGAAGCAGCUUUGUGCUGAGCACGGAAUAAGACCAGAUGGAAUCCUUGAAGAUUUUGCUACCGAUGGGACUGACAGAAAAGAUGUGUUUUUCUAUCAGGCAGAUGAUGAACACUACAUCCCCAGAGCAGUUCUCUUAGAUUUAGAACCUAGAGUAAUAGAUGCAAUCACAUCAUCACCAUAUGCCAACUUGUAUAACCCUGAAAAUAUGUACACAUCAAAGCAUGGGGGAGGAGCUGGAAACAACUGGGCCAGUGGAUACUCACAGGCUGAACGUCUCCAUGAAGAAACUUUUGAUAUAAUUGACAGAGAGGCUGAUGGGAGUGAUAGUUUAGAGGGCUUUGUGAUGUGUCAUUCCAUAGCAGGUGGGACAGGAUCUGGUAUGGGAUCAUAUCUCUUGGAAAAACUUAAUGACAGAUUCCCAAAGAAGUUGAUUCAAACAUACUCUGUGUUUCCUCAGCAGGAAGACAUCAGUGAUGUUGUAGUACAGCCCUACAACUCUAUACUUACGCUCAAACGACUAACUCAAAAUGCAGAUUGUGUGGUUGUUCUUGACAAUACAGCUCUCAACAGAAUAGCAGCAGACAGGUUGCACAUACAAAAUCCAACAUUUUCUCAAGUGAAUCAACUGGUAUCUACAAUCAUGGCUACAAGUACAACAACUCUCAGAUAUCCAGGUUACAUGAACAAUGAUCUGAUUGGUUUGAUUGCAUCUCUAAUUCCCACGCCUCGGUUACAUUUCCUCAUGACUGGGUACACUCCACUUACUACUGAUCAGAAGGUGGCUAACAUUCGUAAAACAACAGUCCUUGAUGUUAUGAGAAGGUUGUUACAGCCUAAAAACGUAAUGGUAUCAACACUGAGAGACAGGAAACACAACCACUGUUACAUCUCCAUUCUCAACAUCAUCCAAGGAGAAGUUGACCCCACACAGGUUCAUAAGAGCCUCCAGCGUAUCAGAGAAAGAAAGCUCGCAGAAUUCAUUCCAUGGGGACCAGCCAGUAUUCAGGUUGCAUUGUCAAGAAAAUCUCCGUAUGUACAAACAGCACACAGAGUAAGCGGAUUGAUGUUGGCAAAUCACACAAGUAUAUCAACUGUAUUUGAAAAGAACUGCCGACUCUUUGACAAACUUCGGAAGAGGGAAGCCUUCUUGGAAAAUUAUAAAAAGGAGGAGAUUUUCAAGGACAACUUCGACGAGCUUGAUGCCUCAAGAGAAGUUGUUCAACAGUUGAUUGAGGAAUAUCAAGCCGCUACAAAAGCUAAUUACAUCAUGUGGGGAACUCAACAACAGGGAGUGGCCGCGUCUGGAUCAGACAUAAAGGUUUAAUUUAAAAAACACAGCCGGAAAUAGACAUAUAAUUUUGUAUCUCUUGUGCUGGCUGGGAUUCAACUUGCAGACCGACUCACAACUACGUAAGAAUCAGCGAACUCUGGCGAUGGAAACAGCAACAAUCUCUUUGACCCGGAUGGCCUUCUGGCUGUGGGAGGGAGGGGAGGGGAAAACUGUGGGAUCGUUGGGUCCCGAGGGUGCUUACGGUUGAAGCAGCAGAUUGGAGAACACGACCUCUUUUCAGGUGUUUCUUUCUUGUUCGUAACCAGAUCCCCGCACUCUGAUAAGUUCUCUUUUCUUUCCUCGCAUUUUAGGCCAGCCACGCAUGCUACGAGCUCUUGUAAAAUAUGUAAUGCGCAAUUUCAACGAUCACAAAAAGACGGUCUGUCCAACUAUGAUUCAGAAAUGUUAGUCUUUGUCGACGGUGUCGCUCACAAACAGCUUGGCUAACUUUGUAGUAUUAGAACCUUGGGAAUGAAUCGAAAACACGAACGGUACACCUCGCCUUGCGAUAAGCAUUUUUGCCUCUCUGACGUUUUGAUAAAUAAUCUGAGAAAAGUAGUCGGUUGGUCACAGUCCAAGGGCGUUAGUCCAUUAAGAAAAGGUAUAUUAGUCUACCUCGCCAGGUCACUCAAUAUUUUUUGAUAUGAUUUUAGAUUCUCUUGUUAACUUUGGGGUCUUCUCCCUCGAUUAACUAUGGUCUAGUGGAUCCGUCAGCAAUACUAAUAAGAGCUGAUAGCUUUGUGAAGAGACUGACUUGACUGGGGUCAGUCAAGGUCCACUGAGAAAAUUUCUUAGAAUUUUUAUCGCUGAGUAACUCUACUUGUAUAUAAAUCCAGAGAUAUGUUGUGGUAUUGAGUAUACUUGGUCUUUAUUAAAGAUAGUUUGGUGGCAGUAAAGGUGUACGUGCGUGA